AUGAAGUCAAUUACAUUGAUCGUUUUGCUUGCAAUCUGUACCUCUACUAUAUCCGCCAGCUUCUUUGAUGGUUGCACAAACUCAGCCUACAAGUGUAUCCCUGCUGGACAAUCUUGUGACCCACAAUCAAAUGUCAAUCUUUGUCAGUUUGGCGGAUGCCCUUUGUUGAGCGAUGCUCCAAAGUGUCCAACUGAGGUUGGCGUUGGUGGCACUUGCAAUGGCCAAGACUUGACAUGUGCCCCAGGCCUCUGGUGCGCAGAGAAUAAUACAUGUGUGGACGCCGACUAUGCAACAUUGGGUGAAGGCUGUGUCCAUCAAUACGCAUGCGCCACCAACAGCAUGGUGUGCCAGAAGGGUGUUUGUGCGCUACCAGCCAACACCUCAUGCGAGUCCACCGAUGAGUGUCCGUACGGCACACAAUGUGUCAUUUCCUCAAGCCCAAGCUCAGCCGCUGGCAACAGCAACAAGGCAUGUAUCGCAUCUCUGGCCGCCAAUGGCAACUGCACAGACACACAGUCUACCCGCUGUGGUGUUGGUCUGAUCUGCUCAUUCAUUGAUGGCAAGCGCGUAGAGAAGGCUUGUGUGCCACUCAGUUCCAAGGGCUCUGGCGAGCAAUGCAACGGUAUCACAGGAUCAUUGUCGAUGAAUGGACGCAUUCCAUCGAUUGAGUGUGAUGUCUCGUUGGGUCUUGCUUGCAUGCCCUCCAACAACAAGGGCCAGUACACUUGCCAGACUCUCACUCCACCCGCUUCCACUCCAGUCGACUGCAGCACCAAUGAUUGUGGUCUGUACCAAAGUUGCAACUGUCCCACCUACAACUCAUCGGUUGGCACCUGUGCCCCAAUGUUCAAUCUGGACGCCUCCUGUGCCAAGUCGAUCAAGGACCUGGCCCAAUGUGCCCAGACCAACAAGUGUCAAUUCAACUCUGGUAGUGUCGCAUCCAACUCUUCAUGUCUCUAUCUCCACUGUGCCAGCAUCAUGUGUAGCAACAAGUGCACUCAGACAUCAUUGGCCGAUGGCAGUACCUGUGGUAGUGGACCACUCUAUCCCAAUUGUUACAAUGCACCCUCUUCAUCAUCCACUUCCUCGACUACAUCCACAACAGGUACAACUGGAACAACAUCAACAACUGGUACAACAUCCCAGUCUACUACUACAACCAACUCCCAAACCACUGCGACUACAUCCACAACAACUACAACUACCAAGCCAUCAUCAACCACAACUACAACAACAACAUCGUCAACUACCGGUCAACCAUCAUCAGGAUCACUCCUCACAUGUUCCAUAAUGACAUUGGCUGCCCUACUCCUGAUCUCAAUCAUUCUUGCCUAA